UCGUAACCCUAACGGCAAUCACAACUUCCCAUUCUUUCUAUUCCACGUGUAACAUCCGUGACAUACUCCUCAUACCAGCAUGUCACUCCAUCAUUCCCUUCAUCCACAAUUCAACACCUAACCUUGGUUGUUGAUGGAAAAAAUCAACGCCUGCUAAUAAUCGUAGAUAAAAGUCGAAAAUUUCCAACUUGUAUUCAGCGUUGGUGACUUUCUGCGAAAUUUCCAAUCUCGUGGUGAAAGAGUACCGGUUGAGUUGCGGCUUUUGCUUAAUUUUGCGUUUGGAAAUUCUAAUUAACAGAUCCAUUGCUUUUGCAGUUAACAAUCAAGAUGAGCAAACCACAGGAACCACACCGCCCUUUCUUCUCUUUUGGGAAUCCUUUCCGGAUGAUUUCACCAAAGGGCUCUCAAUUGUCCCCAAGGCUUCUUUCCUUAUUGAACGCUUUUGAGGAAACCUUGGCAGAGAGGUUGAGGAAACUUAAUCCUAAGGACAAGAAUGACAUUCUUAGCUUAACAUGGAUGAAAUCUGCGAUGGAAUCACUUUGUGAGACUCAUACUGACAUAAAAACAUUGAUUACAGAUCUUGAGCUCCCUGUGACUGACUGGGAUGAGAAAUGGAUAGACGUGUAUUUUGACAUCAGUGUGAAGUUGCUUGAUAUUUGCAUUGCUUUUAGCUCUGAGCUUGCCCGGCUUAACCAAGGACAUCUCUUACUUAAAUGUGUCCUGCAUAAUAUGGAGUCCACCACUUCAAAGCAAUUUGUGCAGGCUCGUUCUUCUCUUGGUAGCUGGAGACGACACAUCUGUUCAAAAAAUAUACGAGUCCAGAACUGUCGUGCCAUCUUGGAUAAUCUUGUGGAAUCACUUGAUCUGCCAAAGGUUAAGAACUCAGCUAAAGGAAAGGUCUUGAUGCAGGCAAUGUAUGGAGUUAAGGUGCAGACAGUGUUUGUAUGCAGUGUUUUUGCUGCUGCCUUCUCAGGUUCUUCAAAGAAUUUGUUAGAUUUGAAUGUUCAAAACACAAUCUUAUGGGCACAAGCAUAUUGUAAUUUGCAGACAAAUGUGAAUAUGGUAAUUAGAGAGACAUUUUCCUGUGGCAAAUUUACAGUCCUGAAGGAAUUGGAAGCAGUUGAUACAAUUGCGGAGAAAUUGUAUCCCAUGAUUCAAGAUGAGUUAGGGCCUGUUGAAGUCGAAGCAGUGCAAAAUUCUGUAUCAGAUUUGAGAACAGGUGCUGAGAGACUCUCUGAAGGGCUGGAUUUUCUUGCGAAGGAAGUGGAUGUCUUUUUCAAGAUAGUUUUGAGUGGCCGCGAUGCUUUGCUCUGUAAUUUGAGAGCAUCUGGUGCUGUUACUAACCCAAUGUUAGGGACUAAUGUAGGGGAGCAGAUUGUGAGGUAAAAGCUAACUAUUCUAAUGUAUACAUAUAUGGUCUAGUUGUGAGAUCUUUCCUUAGUUGUAAUCUCAUGUAUGGCGUAUUAUAUUCAGUAUGGUAUAAGGUAUGUUAUGGUAUUUUGUUA